AUGGGCGAUGUGCUGGGUGCCCUAGCCUUCCUGUUCGUCAUGACCCAGAGUUACAGGGUUCCCUGGGUUUAUGACCUCGGGAUAUGGAUUUUUGCUCUAUGUCUCGAUAUCUUCUUCCGUGAAAUCUGUUCCCGAGGCGCAUGGCGCAUCCCCAAAAGCGGGCCGGUGAUAAUUGUCGCUGCCCCUCAUGCUAACCAAUUCGUCGAUUCCGCUGUGCUCAUGCGCAACUUGAGGUGCUAUGCUGGCCGCCGCAUGUCUUUUCUCACUGCAGACAAAACUAUGCGUGACCCAUAUAUUGGCACCAUGACUCGCCUUAUGGGAGCAGUAUCUGUGGUCAGGCCUACAGAUCUUGUCAAGCCUUCAGAGGGUACGAUUUUCCUACCUGAUCCAGAAAAUGAUCCAACUUUGGUCCGCGGGCAAGGAACGAACUUCACCAACACUCGGUUCAUGGAGGGGGGUCUAAUUGUUCUACCUAGGGUGGGCAAAAUGAAUAUUGAACAGCAGGUAAUUGCUGAGAUCCUUGGGCCCGAGGAGCUACGGCUCCGAAGACCAUUCAAAGACUUUGAUAAUGAUCACCCGCUCUACGAUGGAUUGCGCAACGGGACCCCGUUUAAUGUUGCACCGUUUGUUGACCAAAGUCGGAUGUUCGAUUCUGUGUAUCGUGAACUUUGCGACGGCGGUUGCGUCGGAAUCUUCCCCGAAGGAGGAAGCCAUGAUCGUCCUAAUUUACUUCCGUUGAAAGCUGGUGUGGCUCUAAUUUCCCUAGGCACUUUAGCACGACAACCUGACUGCGGCCUCUCUAUAAUCCCCUGCGGCUUGAAUUACUUCCAUCCAAAUAAAUUUCGCUCCCGCGCCGUUAUAGAGUUUGGUAAUCCAGUUCAAGUUCACCCGGAUCAAAUCGAAGCGUUCAAGAUGGGUGGACACCUCAAACGCAAUGCUGUGGGGUCACUACUGGAAACAAUUAAUGACUCACUUGCUGCUGUCACUCAACAAGCUCCUGAUCGUGAAACCCUUAUGGUCAUUCAAGCGACAAGAAGACUGUACAAGCCACUACGUAUGAAACUCCCCUUAGCCGUCGUUAUUGAACUCAACCGAAAUCUUCUGAAAGGCUAUACACGAUUCAGGGAUGAACCCAAGGUCGUCCAUUUAAAAAAAGCUGUGUCGGAUUAUAAUGAUCGACUGAAGGCCUUAGGUAUACGGGAUCACCAGGUCGAGUGGGGGGAUGUUGAGCAACGGCCGUGGUGGGUAGUAUUCGGCAUCUUGCUUCUUCGAAUCGGUGAAUUUCUCGCACUAGCAGUAGGCACUCUUCCGUCAAUUGCUUUAUUCUGGCCGGUUUUUGUCAUUACAAAAAUCGUGUCCGUUAAAAAGCAACGUAGUGCGUUAGCAGCCUCCGUUGUUAAGUUAGAAGGACGUGACGUUGUCGGAAGUUGGAAGAUUAUUGUGGCAAUGGGGCUAGCACCAAGUUUGUAUACCUUGUAUACUGCUAUCGCCACUGUUUGGUUGAAUUAUUGUCGCCAUGAUGGGUAUUACUGUUUUGUUGUGGGUUGGUGGAUUGAUCCGAGGAACUAUAUUCCCGACUUCAUUCCGCUGUGGUUAUUUUCGAUAUUGUUCUUCGGACUUAUGCUUUUAGUCUCCCUCACCGGUCUACGGAUUGGCGAGACAGGCGUUGACGUGCUGAAAUCUCUACCUCCACUGCUGGUUGCUUUGAACCCAAGAUCAGCUUCCUCAUUGACUCAAUUGCGAGCGGAGCGCCAAGCACUGGCUGCCCAAGUUAUAGAGGUAAUUGAUACCUUCGGUCCUGAAAUCCUAUCAAAUUUCGAAUCGGAAAAGCUUGUUCAUGAGAAUCCUAAUGAUGAUUCCUAUACGUCUCGACUAAAAAGCAUGCCCCCUAGCCAUUCGAGUAGCAGGAGUAGAAGUGAGAGUCGCGGCAGUGUAAAGAGAUCCAACAGCUUUGGUUCUUUUCUCCACGAUACGUUUUUAAAACCCUUGUCUACGAUGACGGAUGAUAAUUUGGAUGAGGUGAACAGGCGGAUCAGGGACUCCGGACAAAAGAAAUCGGAACCGCGCACUAGAGGAGACGGCGAUUCAGAUGACGAUAUUGUCGUGGUUGACAGUCUUUCCACCAUUGGAACCGGAGAAGCUGAAGAUAGGAAAUCACGAUGA